UCUGUCGUUAAACUCUCGCCGAAGGAAUAAGCGUCUCUCUCCUGCCACCCGCGCGGUCCGGGAGCGUGAGGGCUGUGCCACUCUUUGCGGGCACGUGCACGCUCCUCGCGCCCCCCUCUCUCUCUCCCUGGUGCUGAUGCUGAGACUACAACAUCUCUACAGCACCACUAACUGGAUUCUAAACUGAACAUUUGCGAUUAAAUUGGGAUUUUAACGACAACUCGGGAUCCGUUUUCUUUGUGCUUCAUGAAGGAGGGUGUUUUUUUCUUUGUUUGUUUGUUUUCUGGUGGAGUGACAUGGCUGAAAAAGCCAAAAUAAGCGGAUGAGGAUUUUCUGUGAAAAGAACAGCAACUGCGACGACAUUCCAGAGCCAACAGGCAUGGUUUUUAAAUAGGAGCAAAAACAAUCAAUCAUUCCACCUGCAUGAGCUUUGGGGGGCCUAAUCUGACAGUUUUUUUGAAGUGAAGAAAAACAAAAUCUUAAAUAGAAAUGGCUCAUUUAAUACGACACAAGAUCUCCAAUAAACUGACCAAUGCGGCCCACACGGUGUCCAACAAAUCCCAGGCCAAGGUCAGCGGGGUAUUCGCCCGGCUGGGCUUCCAGGCCGCCACCGAUGAGGAAGGUCUGGGCUUCGCAGAGUGCGACGAUCUGGACUAUGACUACAGGCAAGGGAUGCAGAUGGAUGUCCUUCGAGGGGAAGAAGAGGAAGGAGGAGACAUGGAGGGAGAGGGGGAGCUGGAGGGGGACACCCGCUACCAGAGGGAUGGUACCGGCCCGAGGCAGUCCACCCUGAAGAGCGGCGGCUCUCUGGAGGAGGACAAACCAAAAAUCACGUCAUGGGAAGCUGGAUGGAACGUCACCAAUGCCAUUCAGGGCAUGUUCGUCCUCGGCCUGCCGUACGCCAUCCUCCACGGUGGAUACCUCGGCCUCUUCCUCAUUAUCUUCGCCGCGGUGGUGUGCUGCUACACGGGCAAAAUCCUCAUCGCCUGCCUGUACGAGGAGAACGAGGACGGCAUAAAGGUGCGCGUCAGAGACUCCUACGUGGACAUCGCCAACGCCUGCUGCGCUCCCCGCUUCCCCGCGCUGGGCGGCCACGUUGUGAACGUGGCCCAGAUCAUCGAGCUGGUCAUGACGUGUAUCCUGUACGUGGUGGUCAGCGGGAACCUGAUGUACAACAGCUUCCCCAGCUUCCCCGUCUCCCAGAAGGCCUGGUCGGUGCUGGCCACGGCGGCGCUGCUUCCCUGCGCGUUCCUGAAGAACCUCAAGGCGGUCUCCAAGUUCAGCCUGCUGUGCACGCUGGCGCACUUCGUCAUCAACAUCCUCGUGAUCGCCUACUGUCUGUCCAGGGCGCGCGAGUGGGCGUGGGAGAAGGUCAAGUUCUACAUCGAUGUGAAGAAAUUCCCUAUUUCCAUCGGCAUCAUUGUGUUCAGCUACACAUCUCAGAUCUUUCUUCCCUCCCUGGAGGGGAACAUGCAGAAGCCCAGUGAGUUCCACUGCAUGAUGGAUUGGACCCACAUUUCAGCCUGUGUCCUUAAGGGCCUCUUCGCCCUGGUGGCCUACCUAACCUGGGCAGACGCCACCAAAGAGGUCAUCACAGAUAAUCUACCCUCCACCAUCCGGGCUGUGGUCAACCUCUUCCUUGUGGCCAAGGCGCUCCUGUCCUACCCUCUGCCAUUCUUUGCAGCUGUAGAAGUUCUGGAGAAGUCAAUGUUCCAAGAUGGUGGCAGGGCCCUCUUUCCUGACUGCUACGGCCCCGGUGGGCAGCUAAAAACCUGGGGUCUUGGCUUAAGAGUAGGCCUGGUUGUCUUUACCCUGCUCAUGGCUGUCUUUGUCCCCCAUUUUGCCCUGCUGAUGGGUCUAACUGGAAGCUUGACCGGUGCAGGCCUGUGCUUCCUCUUACCGAGCCUCUUCCACCUAAAGCUCCAGUGGAGAAACCUCCUGUGGCACCACGUUUUCUUUGAUGUUUCCAUUUUUGUUAUCGGGGGCAUAUGUGCCAUAUCAGGCUUUAUCCACUCCAUCGAAGGCCUCAUAGAGGCCUACAAGUACGACAUCCAUGACUGAGAGCCUCAUUGACCAUCUGACAUUAAAAUGGAGAAUAAUUUGUGUGAAAUGUAUAUCUUUUUAUGUUUGCCUUAGUGAUAAUGUGCAAUAAUGAACUCUAUCCAACGAUUAGGCACAACAUUAUGACCACUGAGAGGUAAUUUAGUGGUAGAUGGGAUAUUUUUUGAGUGAACAUGAAAUGGGUUUAAAAUUUGUAAAAUGAGGAAGCGUUGGAAUCUGAGCAAGUUUGACAAAGGCAAGUGGAUUAAAACUUAACUGCAGCUCUUGUGGGGCGUUUCCCACCUUCAGUUCCAGUUUUUCAUAUCGUCCAUACUGAUUGUUGCCAGAGGGUUAAACAGAUGAGUCCCAUGUAUAUCAGAUUGAUGAAAAAGGUAAGCUAGUUACUCUAUGUUGUAUACCCAAUCAGAACUGGGCCACAGAGCAGUGGAAGAAGGUCGGCUGGUUUGACAAAUCUUAAUUUCUUUUAUAUCUGCUGGACAGAAAAGUUUGAAGCCUAGCAAUGGGAGACUUUGUACCAGUUUGCACUGGUUCUCACACUCACACUAGUUUUUUAACAAAUCACUACAGGAAAAGUAAAUGUUUAAAAAAAAAUUAACAUUGUGCCAAAAAUAAAACUGACUCAAAAUCCAACAUGGCUGCCAAGUGUUUCAAACAGGAAUAAUGGUGUGAUAAUAAUUUCUUUAUGAACAUCCCUGACAGCCUGUGUGUCAUUUGAUAUUAUCUGCAAGUAAAGGACUAUUCCACCUUUUUAUAACAUUUUCCUUUAGGGAUUUAAUGCCUGUCAUGAAGGAACAUAGGAUCUUAGUCUGUGUUGGUAAUUUCAAGUGGCAAGGCUGGCUAUAGAAUAGAAUAGAAUAGAAUAGAAUAGAAUAGAAUAGAAUAGAAUAGAAAAUUCCUUUCUUGUCCCACAAUGGGGAAAAUCUGCUGUUUACAGCAGCAAAAAGAUUAUAGAAAAAAAUGGUCACACAAAUAUGGACCUUAGAAAAAUGUUUAAGAAUACCAUAAUACUGAAGAGUUAUAAGAUAAACAAUAAAAUAAUCUACUGUUAAGUGUUUUAACAAUAUAAAUCUGUGCACCUGGAGAAUAAAUAACCAAUACAAAGGAGAUUUUUACAGUAAUGGAUAUUUGAAAAUAGCAGCAACAUCAGAGACGUGCAAAAUGACAGCCGCAUGUUAAAUAACUGACUAAGAUAGAAAGCGUGCAAAAAUCAGCAUAACUGUAACAACUUAUUGAGUUAUUGGGAACAUUGGUGGUCAUAGUCUUACAGCUGCUGGGAGGAAGGAUCUGUCAUAACGCUCCCUGGCGCUAACUACGAUUAGCAGAUUCUAGUGAUUUUCUUGAAACCCUAAUAUAGCUAACUUGGGUUUGUUGUUUUUCCUCACACUGAAUUCUGACUUCAGAUGGAAAUUAAACAUCAUCAAUGUAGGUGGAGUAACUUGCACUUUUCCCCUAACAAUCAUUGUCUGAUUCCUCUGGAAGGCAAAGAUCAUUGAGCUAUUACUAUUGUUUGGAUUUAUAAGCUUGGCAUUAAAAUUUUUCUAGGUAUUUAAUUUACUAUCAGUUAAUGCUAAAAUGCUCUAAAGCCUUACCAUCAGUUGUGCUCAUACCACAGUUUGAUAAGUCUGAUGCAAUAAAAAAGACUAAUUUCACAAACAGUGUGUUGUUUUAGACAAUUUCAUACUUAAAAGCUUUAGGUCCCUUCAUCUAUACCAUAGAGACCUCCAAACUGCGACUAUAUGGAGAUACUACAGCUCACAUUCAGGGGUCCAGGUGGUCAUAAUGUUAUACCUUAUCAGUGCUGUGUAAAGUAGUUUGCUCAUUCCAGGAAAAGUGUGUUAUUCAGUGGACUGAGGAGAAACAUUCUCCGCACCUGAAGAGGGCAUUAAAAACUCUGUCCUUGUGUAUAUCUUUAUGCAAAGAUUCAGUGAAACAUGUCAGUGUGUGUAUGUGUUUAAUCUGAGGAAUGAAAUAUAUGGAAAACAAUGAAAUUAAUAUGUUAUUGUUGUUUUUUUUUUUUUUUAACUGCCAUAGGUAUCAAUAACCAGAGAAAACACCAGGCAGCCAUCAGAUCAGAUGGUGCUCUAUAAACCAUGAAUAUCUUCUGUGUAGUGGUCUGAACAGAGAGAAUACUUCUCUGUUGGGAUUUGUAGUUUCUUUUUUUUUAUUUAACGUUCUAAUGCCGGUUGAAGUACUUGUUUGUUUCCUCUGUGUUUUUAAGUGUCAUUUUGGAUGGAGUGAAUUCAAGUGCAAGCAAGUGGAUCCUAAUUGUCUUACAUAAAACAAAUAAAAAAAUGUGUCUGAUAAUAUUCUGUUCCUAUUGAACGUGUUCAUUGUGAAUUAAUGGAACUUAUCAUGGUGUGUGAGAUAAAGAGUAUUGGUUGACUUAACAGAUAAAUAAACCCAAUAUUUUAUGGCUGGUG